CUCUCUCUCUAGCAUUUGUUCUGCUUCAUUUUGAAGCUGUCUUAUUUAUUAUAUUUACUUAUCUUCCUUCUAGAAUCUGUAUAUACCUUCCUCCUCCUUUUGCACCCUCUAGGGUUUCGUCCGUACACUGCUUCCUUCAACGGGAUUUUUCUGCAAAAAAUUUCCACUCGAGGGUUUCAUCUAGGGUUUUACACUUGCACAAUUUCUCUGCGAUGGCGGCGGAGAAGCUUAGGGAUUUAAGUCACCCGAUUGAUGUUGCUUUACUUGAUGCUACUGUUGCUGCCUUCUAUGGGACCGGAUCUAAAGAAGAGAGGACUGCUGCUGAUCAUAUAUUGAGGGAAUUACAAAACAAUCCAGAUAUGUGGCUUCAAGUUGUUCACAUUUUAUCCAAUACACAGAGCUUGAACACCAAAUUCUUUUCUUUACAGGUUCUUGAGGGUGUUAUCAAGUAUAGAUGGAAUGUAUUACCUGUUGAACAACGGGAUGGAAUGAAAAACUACAUCUCUGAUGUUAUUGUAAAGCUUUCGAGUAGCGAGGGUUCUUUCCGCCAAGAAAGAUUAUAUGUUAACAAACUGAACAUUAUACUAGUUCAGAUUUUGAAACAUGAGUGGCCAGCCAGGUGGCGAAGCUUCAUUCCUGACCUGGUCACAGCAGCAAAAACCAGUGAAACAAUUUGUGAGAAUUGCAUGGCGAUACUGAAACUUUUAAGUGAAGAGGUCUUUGAUUUCUCAAGGGGUGAAAUGACUCAACAUAAAAUCAAGGAGCUUAAGCAAUCCCUCAACAGUGAGUUUCAACUCAUACAUGAAUUAUGCUUAUAUGUACUAUCAGCAUCUCAAAGAACAGAGCUAAUCAGAGCUACAUUGGCUACAUUACAUGCUUUCCUUUCAUGGAUUCCUUUAGGCUAUAUCUUUGAAUCACCACUGCUGGAGACACUCCUCAAGUUUUUUCCUGUGCCAUCAUAUCGUAAUCUGACCCUUCAAUGCUUGACAGAGGUUGCAGCCUUGAACUUUGGGGAUUUCUACAACUUGCAGUAUGUUAAAAUGUACAACAUAUUCAUGGUCCGGUUGCAGACGGUUCUUCCAACUACUACAAACAUACCAGAUGCAUAUUUAAAUGGCUCUAGUGACGAGCAGGCAUUCAUUCAGAAUCUGGCAUUGUUUUUCACUUCAUUUUACAAGUUUCACAUCCGUGUACUCGAAUCCACACAAGAGAACACUGCUGCGCUUUUAAUGGGCCUUGAAUAUCUCUUGAGCAUUUCUUAUGUUGAUGAUACAGAAGUUUUCAAGGUUUGCUUGGACUAUUGGAAUUCCUUGGUGCUAGAGCUUUUUGAGGCAAAUCACAGUCUUGAUAACCCUGCAGCAAAUGCAAACAUGAUGGGACUGCAGAUGUCAAUGCUUCCUGGUAUGAUUGAUGGUCAUGGUACAAAACUAUUGCAAAGAAGACAACUUUAUGCUGACCCCAUGUCUAAAUUAAGACUGCUUAUGAUAUCCCGCAUGGCAAAACCUGAAGAGGUUCUGAUUGUUGAAGAUGAAAAUGGGAACAUUGUGCGAGAAACCUUAAAAGACAAUGAUGUCCUUGUUCAAUACAAGAUAAUGAGAGAAACACUUAUCUACUUGUCACAUCUUGAUCACGACGACACUGAAAAGCAGAUGCUGAAAAAACUAAGCAAACAACUGAAUGGCGAAGAUUGGACAUGGAACAACUUGAACACAUUAUGUUGGGCAAUAGGAUCCAUAUCCGGGUCCAUGAUGGAAGAUCAGGAGAAUAGGUUUCUUGUGAUGGUUAUUCGUGAUCUACUAAAUCUCUGUGAAAUCACAAAAGGAAAAGACAACAAAGCUGUUAUUGCAAGUAACAUCAUGUAUGUUGUGGGACAAUAUCCAAGAUUCCUCAGGGCCCAUUGGAAGUUCUUGAAAACUGUUGUAAACAAGUUGUUUGAGUUCAUGCAUGAAACACACCCCGGUGUUCAGGAUAUGGCUUGCGAUACAUUUUUGAAAAUUGUACAAAAAUGCAAGCGCAAGUUUGUAAUAGUACAGGUUGGGGAGAGUGAGCCAUUUGUCUCAGAACUGCUUACCACCCUCCCAACAACCAUUGCAGAUCUUGAGCCACAUCAGAUACACACAUUUUAUGAAUCUGUUGGUUGUAUGAUUCAAGCAGAAUCGGAGGUAUCAAAGCGGGAGGAAUAUUUGCAAAGGCUGAUGCAUCUUCCGAAUCAGAAAUGGACGGAGAUUAUAGGACAUGCACGUGGCAGUGUGGAUUUCUUAAAAGAUCAAGAUGUGAUUAGGACUGUGCUUAAUAUAUUGCAGACAAACACAAGUGCUGCCACUGCACUCGGGACACAUUUUCUUUCUCAAAUAACACUCAUCUUUUUGGACAUGCUUAAUGUCUACAAAAUGUACAGUGAGCUUAUAUCAUCCAACAUUGCUGAAGGAGGGCCUUUCGCUUCUAGAACUUCAUAUGUGAAACUUCUAAGGUCCGUGAAGAGGGAAACACUGAAGCUGAUUGAGACUUUUCUUGAUAAAGCUGAAGAUCAACCACAAAUAGGAAAGCAGUUUGUUCCACCAAUGAUGGAUCCGGUUCUGGGUGAUUAUGCUAGAAAUUUACCAGAUGCCCGUGAAUCAGAAGUUUUGUCUCUCUUUGCCACAAUUAUUAACAAGUACAAGGGUGCUAUGAUUGAUGAUGUUCCACGUAUAUUUGAAGCUGUUUUCCAGUGCACACUAGAGAUGAUAACCAAGAAUUUUGAAGACUACCCUGAACACCGGCUCAAGUUUUUUUCCCUACUUCGGGCCAUUGCCACGCAUUGUUUCAGAGCUUUAAUCUUGUUGUCACCUGAGCAAUUAAAGCUAGUUAUGGAUUCGGUGAUGUGGGCUUUCCGACACACUGAAAGAAACAUAGCCGAAACAGGGCUUAAUUUGUUACUAGAGAUGCUCAAGAACUUUCAGGAGUCGGAGUUCUGUAAUCAAUUCUUCCGGUCAUACUUUGUGGUGAUUGUGCAAGAAAUAUUUGCGGUGUUAACGGAUACAUUCCAUAAACCUGGUUUCAAGUUGCAUGUUUUAGUGCUUCAGCACUUGUUCUGUCUGGUGGAAUCUGGUUCGUUGACUGAACCUUUAUGGGAUGCCUCAACAAUUUCAUAUCCUUAUCCUAAUAAUGGAAUAUUUGUUCGGGAAUAUACCAUUAAGCUUCUAUGUGGUUCUUUCCCCAAUAUUCCAGCAUCCGAGGUGACAAGGUUUGUGAACGAGGGACUGUUUGAGUCAAAAAAUGAUCUAUCUACAUUCAAGAACCACAUAAGGGACUUCCUUGUGCAAUCUAAAGAGUUUUCAGCACAGGAUAACAAGGAUCUAUACGCAGAAGAAGCUGCAGCCCAGAAAGAAAGAGAAAGACAGCGGAUGCUUAGCAUUCCUGGAUUAAUUGCACCCAAUGAAAUAAUACAAGAUGAGAUGCUUGAUUCAUAAAUCAAAUUUUAUAUUUUUCUUCUUGAUUGUGAUUAUUAUUUAGUAAUGGAGAAGAGAGAGAGGGAGAGAGAUUAGAAGAAGAAGGCGAUUCUUGAAGCAAGCUUUUAUUGUAUGUGAGCCAGCCACAGUGAAUCAUGGUGAAGGCCCAUCCAAGACAGACAUUGGAAGAAAUGAUGAUUUAUGUAGAGAGUAAUAGUAGGUGCUUUUAAUGUAGGAAGGAAGGAAUGUUUUAUUUUGUUGAUUGGUGUUUUGACAUUGUAAGUAAGUAAACAAGGAAGAAAAGAGCAAGUAUUUGAUGAAGUGGGUGGG